UUGAGGCCUCCCAACUGUUGAUUACUUGUUUUAGCUGGCUUUUUUGUAGUCCACAACCGGGUUGGGGUCUAAUAAAGGGCGUUUUCGUUGCCUUUUUCGCCAGCUUCUCCUCCUUCUCAUUGCUCUCAAUGUCUCUGUGACCUGGAACCCACCAUAGAGUAACAUCAUUGCCCCUAACGAGUUCUCUCAGGUUGCUGGUACACUCUGAUCAGUGCGAAGUCACAGGUGUAGGCCUGGAUUUGCCUUUAGGGCGGCUCGACUGUCUGAAAAUAUUUAUGGACUAACACUAGACCUAGUGACAGUGCUUAGUAGUGCUAACUAGGCACGACAAAGCGCUAGGUUGUGUGUAUUGCUAUUGAACUAAAACUAGAACUAACUCUAGAACUAGAAUAGGGCUAAGCUCGAAUGUAUCAUAUAUACAGGGUGUUUCAUAAUACACCUAAUUCUGUUUUUACGCGAAUUUGAUAUAACGCGAUUAAUAAAAUAUAUUUUAUUCUUUUUUUACGCGAUUUAAUUUGAUUUAACGCGACGCAAGAAAUUUGAAUCUAGAAUAAUUUUGGAACUAAAAUUUCGUGUACGUGCAAGUAUGUGAAUGCGCUUGAAAGGUAUAUGAUUGUGCGAGAAUCGAUACCCCCUGAUUGCGCGAGCGCAUCAAUAGUUACAGGGGAUUUCCCUAAUUUUAUAUCAUCUCACAUCUGUUUUGGUUAAAAUAAUUACGAGUUUACAGUUUGGCUUCAAUGUUUAAGCGAUCUAAUCACAAUGUCAGCUACAAAACAAACAAAAAGAAAAGCUAUUUCUUUGGAAGUUAAAAUCAACAUUUUAGAUAAUUUAGCUAAUGGAGAUAGUGCCACCACUGUAGGGCAACGUUUCGGUUUAAGAGAAUCCACCGUAAGAACUAUAAAAAAAAAUGAGGACGCGAUUAGAAAAUCUGUAAUUGCUGGGACAAAAUUAAGUGCUCAUACAACAUCAUACACAAGAGACAUUGUGAAGCAAAAAAUGGAAAAGGCUCUUGUAAUAUGGAUGGAGGAUAUGUCUCAAAAACGAAUACCGGUUGACGGAAAUAACAUCAAGCAAAUGGCAUUAAAGAUUUACAACCAAAUUAAAGAAGCGGAACCACAAACAUCAGGCGAGAAAAGAAGAAAAUUUGAAUUUUCUGCUAGUACGGGAUGGAUGAAUGGUUUUCUACAACGACACGCGUUACAUAAUAUAAAGAUAAAGGAUGAAAUUGCAUCUGCAGAUGAUGUAGCAGCUAAAGAAUUUCCAGCAAAACUGGCUAAAAUAAUUGAAAAAGGUGGUUACACUCCAGAUCAGGUAUGGAAUGCGGACGAAACAGGCCUUUUCUGGAAGCGUAUGCCAAAUAGAACAUACGUAGCUAAAUCCCAGAAAACUGCCAGUGGGUUCAAGGCGGCCAAAGAUCGCGUAACCUUUUUAUUUUGCUCUAAUGCGUCUGGAGAUCGAAUGUUAAAACCCUUGCUUGUUAAUCGAGCUCUAAAACCACGGUCUAUGAAAGGUGUAAAUUUAGAUACCUUAUCAGUACACUGGACAGCUAAUAAAAAAGCCUGGGUAACUAGAGAAAUUUUUAAUGAAUGGUUUGUCAAACAUUUUAUCCCAGAAGUGCGUCGCUAUAUGAGCGAUAAAAGUCUUGAAUUUAAGGUUCUUCUGAUUAUAGAUAACGCACCUGGCCACCCACACAUAGAGCACCCGAAUGUUGAAUUUUGUUUUCUUCCUCCAAAUACUACUUCCUUGAUACAGCCGUUGGACCAAGGAAUUAUUGCAACCUUUAAGACCUAUUACGUAAAGCAAACAUUUCGAUACAUUUUAGAUAAAUUAACAAAUAAUAAAAAUGUAACGGUCAUUGACGCGUGGAAGAACUUUACAAUAAAUGACUGCAUCAAACAUGCUGGAUUAGCACUAUCCGAAUUGAAACCAUCAACUUUGAACGCAUGUUGGAGAUCUCUUUGGCCAGAAUGUGUAAAAAAUAAAGAUCAUGUGCCUUCUAAUAUGGAUCAAUACCCUAACAUCACAGCCUUAGCUCAUGAAAUAGGCGGAGAAGGAUUUGCUGAUAUAUCGUCUGCAGAUAUCGAUGAAUUACUAGAGGAUAAAGCACUUACUGAUGAUGAAAUCAUUAGUUUAGCGCUUGAGAUUCCCGAUGAUAAAGAAUGCAGUGAAAUUGACGAAGAGAUUCCUACCCUUACCGCAGAUGUAAUCAAAGAAGGACUACAACUCGCUGCUAAAUUAUGCGAUCAUUUUCAAAAGCAUGAUCCUAUUGAAGAAAGAUCUACAAAAUUUCAACGAGACAUUAAAUUAUUAAUGGGCAGUUAUCGUGAAUUGUAUAACAGCCUUAUCAAACCUGGAACACAACGAUCGAUAACAGAAUUUGUGACUAGAACCACUAACGCGGCAGCACAGCUUGAGAAGGAAAGCGCAUCGAAAAGUGAUAGCAAUUAGAAAUUAAUUUUCGUUUUUUUCACUAAAUAAUGAUUUUUUCUUUACUUUUAUUUUAUUAUUAUUUCAACUUAUGAAUUAUUUAUUAUUUUUAAAUAAGUUUUAUUAAAUAAAAGCACAUUAAAGUAAUCGAAUUUAUCUUUCUUAAUCAUAACAUUUUAACCGAUUCUUCAAAUGUGGGAACCUAUCCCGUAUUUUUACAUAAAUACCGUAUCUUUUUUUACGCGAAUUUAUUGGGAACGUAUCUGUCGCGUAAAAACAGAAUUAAGUGUACUAUCUUCAUAUACUCUACUACCUCCUGUCAAAAUAACAAUUUGUACCUGCAAAAAGUAAACUUGUAUUACAAAAUUAAAAAUGAAUUACACAAACGCUGAAAUAUGCAAAACGUUUACGGAAUGGCAUGCGGUAAUUCGGCAGAAGUAAGGCGAUUGUAUCAAGAAAGACAUCCUGAUCGCCCAGUACCACACCAUAACUUGUUUCUACGCAUUCACCAACAACUAUGGGAAAAUGGAAGUUUUAAAAGGAGUACUGCUGAUAAUGGGGGGCCUAUGGAAGUUGCAAAUCUCCAAGUAGAAGAGGUUGUCCUCAACGAAAUUGAUGAAAAUCCGACUACAAGUACCAGAAAAAUUGCUCACAACUUAAACCUAUCUCACUCGAUGGUUUGGAGAAUUUUGAAAAGGCAACUUUUGUAUCCCUACCAUAUGCAAAGAGUACAAGCGUUAUUGCCAAGAGAUUUUCCUCCAAGAUUGGCUUUUUGUACAAGACAAAAUAGCUCAAAAUCCUGAGUUUGGAGCCGAAGUUCUGUUUAACGAUGAAACAUCUUUCUCGAAGGUUGAUAUUUUCAAUUUUCACAAUAACCACAUAUGGGCAGAAGAAAAUCUACAUGAAAUUGCAGAAGGCCAUCCUCAGCAACAAUUUUCCGUAAAUGUUUGGGCUGCCAUCGUCGGUGAUCAUUUGAUAGGCCCACAUUUUUUACCGAACAGAUUAAUGGGUCCAGAUUAUCGACAAUUUCUAGAAGAAGUAUUGCUGCUUCAAGUAAGACAAAACAUGUAUGUAAUUUAUGCAUGAUAGAGCACCGGCCCCCUUUAGUUUGGUUGCUCGCCAAUACUUGGACGACGAAUACCCAGACCGUUGGAUCGGUCGAGCCCGAAUAUUUCUAUUUCUAGGCAUAGUGUGAGUUCUAGUUUUACACUUGCACUGUCACUAGAACUAACAUUAGAUGUAGAACAAGAAACAUUCGGAUUUUGCCGUACGUCUGAGGAUUAAACAGUUUUGUAGGGACAGAAAGGUGCAUCCAAGCUAACAAGAAGAAAUCAUUCAUUGCUACAUCGUCAAAUUUCUAAGGAUUCUACCGUAAGUGGUGUGGCAUUGGCUACAACAAUCUUGAACAGGUCUUUAGUGUUCAUGUUAACUUUCAACGGCAUGAAAUUAUAUUAAAAACUUGAUUUUAAAAGUCGGUAUAUUGUUAAAAAAUCAUUGAUAAGUAUGCCAAAAUAAGGAUUUUUACUUCUGGAGAAUGGUAAUUUUCACAGAUGAGACUCUAUAUAAAAAUAUCGACUGGACGAGUAAGAAUUUGGUGAGAGAAAAACAUCCACAUAAUCUGAUAACUAUGUUCAAGCAUAGUGGAAGUUUGGUGAUGAUGAAUUUACGUUUAAUUUUAUUUUAUUGACUACGAAGGGGUAUGAAUAUUUUGAAAAAGGAAAAUUGAGCAUUGUGCAGAAAAUAUAUGUGAUACAUUGGAUUCCAAACCACCGAAGAGAAAGAGAGAAUACUAUUAAUAUAUGCUAUAUAAGUAGAUUUUAUGCAAUCAAGAUUUGAAAAGACAUAAGUAGUUCUUAGAAUAAACCCCAAUUGGUUCAGAGCUUUCCGAAACAUGUGAUCUGAAUGAAAAAAGCAGUUAGCGAAAUUUUAAAUGAGCAAAACCAUUUCUCUGUAGUACUCUUAAUUUUGCUGUGAAAAACGGUAUAGAAAAAGAUGGAAUUGAUUUAGGAGAUACUACGCGCUAAUUAUAAUCAGUUAUUGCAAGUAAUAAAUAAAUGCCGCGCGAUUGUUUCACAUUUUAAACAUAACACAAAAUCUUCAUAUGCUUUGGCCCUCAUGCAGAAGCAAAUGAAUUUGGAUGUAAUCAAAUUAAAGCACUCGCUGUAUCAGUACCUACUUCUCAUAUGCUCGAACGCCUAUUAAAGCUCAAGGUUCCGUUUUCUGCUACUUUACCGACACUGGUAUCACCUCCACCGAAUCUAGAUUCUGAAGAGUAGUUAUUUGCUGAAAACGUAGUGUUAUCCAAGGAAAAGUAUCCAUCGCUAUCAUCUGUUAUAGCAUUUGUAUUCGGUGUACGACAUACCAUAAAUAGCAAAACUCCAGUGACAUAAACAGGCAAGCACUUACAAAGAACUCUUACUGUUAUAAUAAAGACGCGACUUGGGGUUUAUGAGAUUAAUAGAACAGUAGCAAAAGCUACUAUUCUUGAUCCACGAUAUAAAUUUAGUUCAGAAAGCAACAAAGACAGUUUAAAACACAGAAGUUGUGGAAAUAAUAAAUUUGUUUGAUAUUAAAAUGUCAAAUUUGAUAGUUUAAA